CACACCGUAUAGGUGUUGUUGUCCUGCUCUCCAUUCCCUUACACGUGUUCUCACUUCUGAGACAAAAACGUGCGUGAGAUAAAGAGAAGCUUCCUUUCCAGUUCCUAUGGCCAUGCAGUGGGGUCCUUAGACCGAAGUGUCCACGUGAGAAGGGAAUCCUAGAAGAGAAGAGCAGACACUUGAUGGGCGAGAAGAAUCUUCUAAGGAGCACGGCCUCAGUCAAUGCUGGUGACAUGGAUGAGAGACUGGCACACAUUAAACAAGAGGGCCGUGAGUGGGGCACACCAGGUGAUUUGUGUGUCAAGCUGGAGGAUUUUGAAGGAGCGAUUUCAGGUUUUAAAGAGGAGCUCAAGGUGGAGACUGUUAACAUUAAAAUCGAGGACUCUGAAGAUUUAUCAGGUAGUCUUGAACUGGAAAAGCACGAGACUGGCAAUAUUGUCAAGCAAAAUAUUUCUGAACAAUCGCAUAACGGUUUUCAGCCCUCACUCACUAAUAUGGGACAAUUGGCUACGCAGCAGAAUUGUGUGGAAGUGAAAUUUGAGAUGCCCGAGUUUGAGGAGAAAAUCACUGAAGGAAAUGGAAGCGAAGCAGAAGAGCUGCAGUCAUCUAGCAAUGUUGGAAUAAAUUUACAGGAGGAUGACAGCUUCUCCACGUCUUCAUUUGUUCAGCCUUUUCUUCAAGGCAGAGUGCAACAGAAACGGGAAAAGAAAGAGAAACCAACAAGAGGAUCCGAGCAUUUGACAGCAGCCUCUUUGCCGUGCAGUUUUCUUAAUACUGUGAAGCUAACAUCAAUAGAAGACAUCAAAAUUGACCAACAAGACGUUCACAGCACAGACCAAGAGUCCUUGUGUGUGGGCCAAGAGCGCAGAAAAAUAUUCAAAAGUAAAUCUGAUUGUAAAGAUCUUAAGUUGAAUGAUAUGAAACCAUAUUGCUGUUCUAAAUGUGGCAAACGAUUUCUUUACAAUAGCGACUUCAAAAGACAUACAAUAAUCCAUAGUGGUGAAAUGCCGUAUGACUGUUCUGAAUGCGGUAAAAGAUUUAACAACCUUAGCAAUCUCCAAAAACACAGAAGCAUUCAUACUGGAAUAAAGCCAUUUGGCUGUGCUGAAUGUGGUAAGAGAUUCAUUAGCAGCAGCCAUCUUAAGGUGCACACAAAAAUUCAUACUGGAGAGAAGCCACAUUGCUGUUCUGAAUGUGGCAAAAGAUUCACGGAUAGCGGCACUCUUUGUAAACAUGUAAGAGUCCAUACUGGAGAGAAGCCAUUUUGCUGCACGGAAUGUGGUAAGAGAUUCACGGAGAGCGGUGCACUUUAUAAACAUGUAAGAAUUCAUACUGGAGAGAAGCCAUAUUGCUGUUCUGAAUGUGGCAAAAGAUUUGUAACUUCAAGCGGUCUUUGGAAGCACAGAAGACGAAUGCACACCAGAGAUAAGCCCUAGUCUUGUCCAGAAUGGGGCAAACUAUUCUGUGGUAGCAGCACACUUCAAAAGCACACACGGAUUCAUAGAGAAGAAAUCCCUUAUUGCUGCCGUGAAUUUAGGAAGCAAAUGUCCAGUACUGGUCCUCUUCCGAGCCAAACAAUAUCAUUCUAGAACGGUAGCCAUGUUGCAUUCAAUUGUUCAUCUUAAUUUUUUUUGUCGAGCACAUCUCUCUCGUUUAAAAUUGUCCAAAAUGUUUCCAGGUUAAGAUCCAACCUGCAAACAUUACGAUCGAGCUCCAGCCUCACUGGGCCCUAUGUUUGGGGCUUUUACCAAAUGAAAAACAUUCUAGACAAACAUUUUUAAAUGUCUUUCAGACAGCCUUGGUGUCACGGUCACUCCUAACCCAUUA